UCAUCUCCACCCACAACCUCCUAGAUAGCCCCUCUCAGUGUGUGUGCUGACCUUUCAACAAUGGCUACUACUACUAGAGGUUUGAGCAUUAUUGUGGGUGUAGUAGCCAUAUUCUUAGCCACAUUGCAUACAAAUAUUUUGGGAGUAGAGGGCAGAGCCUUCUUCGUCUUCGGUGAUUCGCUGGUCGACAGCGGCAACAACAACUACUUAGCCACCACCGCCCGGGCCGAUGCCCCACCUUAUGGCAUCGACUAUCCCACCCGCCGCCCUACCGGCCGUUUCUCCAACGGCCUCAACAUCCCCGAUCUUAUCAGCCAGAGCAUUGGCGGGACAGAAUCGCCGUUGCCCUACUUGAGUCCGGCUCUAACCGGGCAAAGGCUGCUGGUCGGAGCCAACUUCGCCUCUGCGGGAGUUGGCAUUCUUAACGACACCGGAGUUCAGUUUGUGAACAUAAUAAGGCCAUUCCAACAGCUAGAAUACUUCCAACAAUACCAAAGUAGAGUGUCGGCGUUGGUUGGGGCCGGCGAUGCUAAACGGCUAGUGAACCAAGCUCUGGUUCUGAUGACACUGGGCGGCAACGACUUUGUCAACAACUACUAUUUGGUCCCUUUCUCGGCAAGGUCCCGACAGUUCUCCCUCCCUGACUACGUGCGCUACCUCAUCUCCGAGUACCAAAAGAUUCUCAGGAAAUUAUAUGAGUUGGGAGCGAGGAGAGUGAUAGUGACGGGGACGGGCCCACUGGGGUGCGUGCCAGCGGAGCUAGCACAGAGGAGCACGGACGGGCAGUGCUCGGCAGAGCUCCAGCGAGCGGCAGGGCUCUUCAACCCGCAGCUGACGCAGAUGCUGCUGAACCUCAACUCACAGGUGGGCGGGAACGUGUUCAUCGCGGCCAACACGCAGCUCACAAACAACGACUUCAUCCGUAAUCCGCAGGCGUUCGGAUUCGUGACAUCCAAGGUUGCCUGCUGCGGGCAAGGGCCGUACAACGGGCUG